AUGCCUGUGCUGGAAGCAACUGACUUGCCGUCACACGUAGCAGUGCAGCAAGAGGCCCCAGCCAGGACCAGGGCUGACAGCAAGGCCUGGCUGAACAAACUGCUGUACUUCAGGAGGACUGGAGUGCAUCACCUCUUCCUCCAAGGCAUAACAUCCGACAGGGAAACAGAGGCCAGGGUGUGCGUGCUGCAGUGCCGGGCGAGGGCGGAUGCGGGGGACGCACGGGGCAGCGGGAGCCGCCUUUCACCCAGUGCCUUGCCUUGCACACAGCAGAAACCCGAGCUCAUCCCCAGCGGGAAGAUGAGCAUGGUGCACACCACCAUCGAGGAGAACUUCCUCGAGGGCACGCUGCAUUUCCUGAGCGAGUUCGUCUCCUGCAAGCACUGCCCUCCCAGAGACAUCGUGUCCUACCUGAUCAGAGAGAUCCUGUUGAACUCCCACCGGGGGGAGAUCCUCAAGGACACCUACAUGCUGCUCAUGAAAAUCCAGAUGCUCCAUCCAGCCAGCGUCGGCACAGUGGGAUGGGACUGGACGCUGCUGAAAUACACCAUGGAAGACCAGGAGAAACCUCCUGGCAGACUCCUAUUCCUGGAGUACGUGGUACAGACCCUGGAGGAUGAUUUGCAGCAGAAUCUGAGGCUGCACCUCCUGCAGAAGUCGAUUGCCAAGAAAGUGCUUUCCUGUGACAUGUGCUUCAGCAACGUCAAGGACGUGGUUGAAUGGCUGGUGGCAGCGGUUACAGGAGUCGGGUUCUGCCAGCCCCAAGAGCAGCCACAAGGAACGACAAACUCCUCAGCAGAAGCGAGGGCCGAAUGCAGCUCGUCUGCAGCUUGGCCAGACUGCACCGACCGGGCAGAGGUGGCUCCACCAGCUUUCUUCUCCCAGAAGGUGAUGCUCCUGCUCCAGCGGAUGCUGUCUAUCGCCGUGGAGGUGGACAGAUCUCCCAACUGCAGCUCCUGUAAAAUUGCAGAUGUGAUAUUCCCUUUUAUACUGAAUAUUCCUCUGAGGAGUCAAAGGGAAGCCUUCUUGAACACCAUGGAUAGCCAGCUCCUUCGCUGCAAAGUGCUGGAGCUGAUGUUCCAGCACAGCUGUGAAAUGCCCACAAACAUGCCCUUGUCUCUGGCCAAGAUCCUUUAUUUCCUGACCCACUCUGUGCUCCUGCAAUACCAGGAAGAAGCAGCAAUAUGCGAAAGAUGGGAUGAGAUGCUGCAGUACUUGACAUUGCUGCUGCUGAGUUAUCAAAACGUAGUAUUGGGGCACUUACGGAGUGCGCUCAGCGAGCGGAUGGACUUAAUAAUUAAGAAAGCCAAGCCCAAGCUCCAGGAUGAUGAUCACAUCACCCCGCUGGACAUUCACCUGAACGUAGAGAACUUCCUGAGCCGACUGCAGCAGGUCUUGGGGGAGGAGCCCUUUCCCCGGCAGAUCACGGAGAAAGUGCAUAUGCUCCAGGAGUUACUCCUCAUCAUCAUCGCUACGUGA